UUCGCUCCUUCAGUGUUGCGCUGGCCGCCGUGCGGUAUACACGUGUCGACGCGCGCAACAAAAUUACGACCCCGAACUCGUAAAGUCGAAACGAUCAUGAGGACGAAUUAUAUAAUUUAUUUAAAUAAAUGAAUAGUGCCUUUUUGUAAUAUCUGUUUUAUUAUUUUUGUGUAGUGUUGUGACUUUUUUUACGAUGGCGAAAUAUUUGUGCGUAUUCCUGUGUUUUUGGGCGGGCGCCCUAGGGUUCAAUGUGGACAUCCCGUCUAGGGUGAUUUAUACCGGAAAUUACAAGUCUAUGUUUGGAUUUACUGUGCAAUCUCAUGUGGAUGGAGAUCGGAAGAUGAUCCUGGUGGGAGCUCCAGAAGACGACCCGUACAAUGAGUUCACGGUGAAGCGGCCCGGCGCCGUGUACCGCUGUCAGCCCGGCCGGCGCGGGUACCCCUCCGAGGACAUCGUCAACCCGCUGCAGAUGUGCUCCAUCAUGGAGUUCGACAAGAAUCGCAAUAACAACUUGGACUCAGGGCACAACCAGAUCGACCAGAAGUCCAACCAAUGGUUCGGCGCGACACUUACCAGCACCGGUGUAAACGGACCCAUUGUGGCAUGCGCGCCAAGGUACGUGUCGUUCGUGACCGCCAAGGCGAACCAACGGGACCCGGUGGGCGCGUGCUUCGUAGCCAAGACUUCGGACGCGGUCGACGUCAAAGAAUUCUCACCCUGCCGAAAUUCGAGCCACGGGCAGCGGAAGACAGGCGUGUGUCAAGCCGGUUUUUCCGCGGCAGUCUCAAAGGAUGGCCAGAGACUUUUCAUGGGCGCUCCAGGCAGUUUCUAUUGGCAAGGAAGAACGUUUUCCAUAGACACUAGCGCAAGGUUCCACUACUAUAUGCCGAAGGAAGGCCAAUUAAAAGUUCAAAGUUUGAAUUCGAGGCCCGUAUUCCUUUCGACUCCAGAAGCAAGUUCUAAGUACGAUGACUCGUAUAUGGGCUACUCGGUAACAGUAGGCGACUUUGCUGGCCAAGGAAUACAAGGCGUUGCUGUUGGCGUACCUAGGGGAGCAGAAUUACGAGGAUUGGUGGUCGUUUAUACUUGGGAGUUAGAAAAUAUAAAGAACAUCAGUGGUUCGCAAAUCGGUGCAUAUUUCGGCUACAGUCUUACAAGUGGUGAUAUUGACGGCGAUGGUGCCGAAGACAUUAUUGUUGGUGCUCCCAUGUUUACGAAACCCAAAAGCGAUGGGUAUGAACAUGGAAGGAUUUACGUAAUUUACCAAGGGAAGAACAGGUUAUUCUCGAAGAACCAUGCAAGGACUGGCGAAGUAUCACGGGGCAGAUUCGGCCUUGCAGUCACCUCUCUUGGAGACAUUAACUAUGAUGGCUUUGGUGACGUCGCAGUCGGUGCACCUUACGGUGGGGAGAAUGGCAAGGGCGUGGUGUACAUCUACCACGGCAGCGAGCUCGGCAUCGGCGAGAAGUACUCGCAAGCAAUCACCGCCGAGGAGAUCAGCCCCAUCCUCACCACGUUCGGCUUCUCUCUCUCUGGUGCCGUCGACUUGGACAAUAACAACUACACUGAUCUAGCCGUUGGGGCGUAUAAAUCUGAUAGCGUUGUGUUUUUGAAAUCUCGGCCAGUAGUGAAGGUGAUGGCUGCCGUGAAGUUCAUGGGCGAGAGCAAGCUGAUCUCGCUGGAUGACAAGAAGUGCACUCUCUCCAACGGGACUGCGGUCGCGUGCGCGCAGCUCAUGUUCUGUCUUACGUACGACGGAGUCAACGUGGACCAGCAGAUAAAUUUCGAAGUAACCCUGGACCUGGACUCUCGGCAAAAGACCAACAAACGGCUGUUCCUGAAGGAAAGCAGGCACACCAUAUACACGACGCACAUUCUGCUCACGCAGGGACAACAGGAGUGCAAGGAGAUAACUGUGUAUCUCGAUGAGGAGAUCCGAGACAAGCUGACGCCAAUCGAAGUGAAGAUGACGUACGAGCUGACGCAGCAGGCGGCGGGGAGCUCGGUGCCGCCGGUGCUGGACCGCACGCGCAGCAUCGAGCACACCGACUCGCUCAACAUACAGAAGAACUGCGGCACGGACAACGUGUGCAUACCCGACCUGCAGAUGUUUGUCACCACACCGACAGUAAACUACGUGCUCGGAUCGAGCGAGAACGUCCAGAUUGACGUAGUCGUCAAGAACGCUGGCGAAGACGCCUUCGAAGCCGCAUACUACCUGCAGAUACCCGCCGGUGUCACGUACGCCAAGAUGGAUAGACUGGAAAAGGAAUCCGCCGAGUCCUCACCGAUAUACUGCUCGAUCAAAGACAAGGGCGCCGAAGGCAACAGUACAUUGAAAUGUGAUUUGGGAAACCCCAUGGCCAGCGGACAGAGUGUAAACUUCCGAGUGAUACUGGAGGUGGAUGCGCACGUCACGAAGCUAAACUUAGACAUGGAAGUGAACUCGACCAACCCGGAGCAGGGCACGCAGUACGACAACACCAGGCACAUGGCUAUCGGCGUCGUGGUCAAGGCUGUGCUGUCUAUCAUUGGUACAUCAGAUCCGCCAGAACUGCAUUACAACGCAUCUCUCUACGAUGCACAGAACUUGAAAGACGAUACAAAGCUGGGUCCGCAGGUGAUCCACAAGUAUAAUAUCAAGAACGAGGGACCCUUCACAGUGGAGGAGGCAGAGAUUUACGUGAUGUGGCCUUAUCAGACCCUGACUGGUGAGAAUCUGGUGUACAUGCUGGUGCAGCCGCAGUGGUUAGGCAACAUGGAGUGCGACGUGGCGCGGCAGGUCAACCCGGACAACCUGUUUGUGCAGAACCCCUACGCUUUACUGCUCACUAAGGAAAAAGAAGCAAUGAAGAGCAACGAGCUGUACACGGGAUCACAAAUCGGUAGCAGCGGAGAAUAUUACGGACAACAGUUUUGGGAAGAAAAGUAUUCUAGCAACGGCCAGUUUAAUUCUCAACAGAGAGGCGGUGGCCAAGUAAGCGGCAGCCAAGGUUCUAGGAGCACUUACGGUGGCGGUGGGCAGUUUAGUGGAAGUCAAGGAAGUGGCGGUAUUGUGACUGGGCAGACAAAUACAAUUUACUCUUCAGGCGGCCAAUAUGGAUCAAACGCUGGUCAAGUUUCUGGCAGCCAAUACGGCACCGGCCAAAUUUCUGGAGGUCAAUAUGGCAGUGGCCAAUCAGGCGGUCAAGGUGGCACAUAUUCAUACAACCGCACUUGGUCAAGCGAAUCUGGUGGUGGUCUGACAGAAGCUGAACGGGAAGCUAUUAGGCGAAAUCUUCAAACUAUGGCAAAACCCAACUAUCAAGGAUCUGGUAGGGAUUUGAAUCAAGGAGGUUAUAAUCAGGGGCGUGUUACUUACACUCAAGGACGUCAAAAUAGCUACGGACAAGGUAGCCAAGUUCAGGGUAGCUAUGGCCAAGGACAAUCGCAAGGUAGUUAUAAUGCACAGGCUGGUUACAACCAAGGCGGUUAUUAUCAAGGAAAUGCUCAAAGCGGUCAAGGUUACGUGCAAGGCCAAGGAAUUGCCGGUGCUGGUGAAGUUGGUAAAGACGGUCGGAUUGUCCGAGUUAAGAAUAGAACGAUUGUGUACGAUGAGAAUCAUAAUAUCAUAUCACAAACUGAAACAAGUACCGAGUAUGGAUCGUUGGGUCAUGAGGGUGAAGCGGGCAGUUCUUUUAAUACGUACAACCAAGGUAGCAUUAACCAGAAUUAUGGAUCAAGUAUGAAUCAAGGACAAGGCUUCGUCCACGGGUCCUGGGGAACAACAGAGACCGUAAACCCAGAUAUCAUGAAUACCGGCUCCAGUACUUUCAGAGGCGGCCCAAGCAUCACUGUAGUGGGUGAUGAGGAAGAAGACAAGUUAGAAGGUUUUGGUGCUUACGCUGCACAAAACUCUAAUAAUGAGUUUAAAUACGGGAUUGCUGAUGUAACUAAUGCCAGAGGAGGAGCUGGUUCAGUUCACGGUGGGGCUUACCAGGGUGCCAGUUCUCAAAGGGGAGGUUCCCAAAGUUUCCAGAGCGGAGGUUCCCAAGGGGUCCGACAAGGAGGAAGUUAUAGCAGCUCAUCUGGCGGUUCUUAUGGUUCUAGCAGUGGAGGAUAUUCUUACUCUUCCAGUUCAGGUGGUCACAACUCCUUUUCUCAAUCUGGCGGAAGCUUUAGCUCAUCGUCAGAACAGCGGCGAGAGAGCACCAGACGACGUCGACAAGAUGAGGUGGAUCCCCAAUUAAAAGAUAUGUUAGAAAAAUGCCAAGAGAAGUACAAAUGUGAAGUGCUGAGGUGCAGGACCAGACAGUUGCUGAAGGGGCAGGAAGUUUGGUUGGCGCUGCGGUCGAGGAUUAACGCUUCAGUUCUUAAUGAGAUAUCCCAAGAGAAAGCAGUAAAACUGUCUUCGUUAGCGGCGGCGCGCGUGACUAGGCUGCCGCUGAUAGGGCGGCCGACGGACCGGUCGUGGAAGGUCGUGGAAGCGCACACCACGGUGACUCCACAGCUGGAAGCGCUGGAGAGCGGCACCAUUCCGCUGUGGGUCAUCAUCCUGGCGGCUGUCGUGGGUGCCUUACUGCUGCUUUUGCUCAUCUUCGCGCUCUACAAAUGCGGAUUCUUCAAGCGGAACCGUCCGUCCGAUCACGCCGAGAGACAGCCCCUGAACGGCCGGGACGAACAUCUUUGAUAUCCGACCACUGAUCUAGGCCUCUCUAGCGAUGCGGCCGCCACCUCUGACGUUGACAGCACCUCUGACGUCGAUGCCACGUCGGACGUCGACGCCACCUCCGACGUCAACGCCACCUCCGACGUCAACGCUAGCGAUUCUAGUUCUACUGACGCAGCGAGUGAUGUGACUAGUCAGGACUCUACUAGUAUGGACCGGUAUUAACACUAUAAACAAGUAUAUUAUGACGUUGCCGUCAAUAGAUUUAACUUUUGACGCUAACGCCAUCUUAUGAUAAGCUUGAAGCAGGUGUCAACUCAACUAUUUGAUCUCGUGUUACAAGUGGUGACUAUUUUAGACAUUUUUGUCGUUUUGAACAUUAAACUGGACUUGAAUAUUGAAUGUUAACAAGUGUGCUCUUUAAUACAAUAAUGCGGAGUUCGUAAUCAUUUUUUGACAGUUGUGUCGAUGAAAUGUACACUUAGAACAAAAAUAUACAGCACAAACCUAAAAAUUAGAACCUCAACAGCUCAACGGUAAGAGCGGUCGGACUCAUCACCGAGGGGUGGUGGUUCGAUCCCCGCCCCGUUGGUCUACUGUCGUACCCACUCCUUAUACAGUCUGUGCCGACUAGUUGGAUGGGAAUGGGAAUAUUGGUCAUAUAUAAAAGAUAUGGCAAAUAUUCUUUUUUAAAAAAAACCUGCUGGUUUAAAAUGUUGCUUAAACAAUUUGUUCCAUAUUGCAGUAGUGUACCAAUAUCAAUUAGUAGACUAGAUGAGCUAUUUUAUGAUCACGUGUCAAUUUAUGUGUGGCGAACAUUGGCGGCCAUUUUUUAUUCCAUUUGAAUAGUGAAGGUUGACUAAAGUCUAAUUACCUAAUGCUAUAACAGAAUUUAGGUUUAGUCAAUCUUUUCUUGUGGAUGAACUGUCAUUUAUAUUUAUAUUAUAAGGAUGAAUUUAUAAAAAUAAAAUCCUAAUUCUGUUGUUCGCAAAAGUUUUAUGCUAACAUUAAUAAUAUUAUUUCCAACAGUAGCAUUCUACAAAGAUUUAAAAGAUACUUGAGAAAAUUUUGUAUAUAACAGAAUUAGGAAAAUAUUGUCAAUUGUAUAUACGAGUUUAUCGGAAAAAAGUGCCUCAUGAGAUUUCUGGGAAUUGGUAUUAUAUUAAAUAUUUGUAAGAAAAAGAUUUCUUAAACAUUUUUUAUCAAAAAAUGUUUUAAGGUUUCAAGAUACAAAAUAUACCUACAAAAAUGUAUAUAUAUGUAUAGUAUAUAUAAAUAAAUAUAUAUAACGUAUUCCUAGUCACGAUAUAUAGAUACAAACCACUUUGGUAUUACGCCAUAUUAGGUUAUUAUUAUAAAAAGCGAAAAGUAAAAAAAAAAUAGAACACGAAGUGUGUGACAAAAUGGUUGAGUGUUGUUGUGAAAUGUGAUCUACAGUAAUAAUAAUUAGAUUUAUUUUCAAAAGAUAGCUUAUUAAUGAGGUUGGAUAGUAAAUAUCUGAGUAUCUUUGUACUAUUAAUAAAUAAUUGAAUACUAAUCUGAAUGUACACUAGAAAUAAUAAUUUUAGAAGGCAUUAUGUUAGGCUUGCAGUUAGUAUACAUAGCAAUAAUAAUUAUAAAAUAAAAACCACUGUAUAUAAAAUUGCAUUAAAAUAUAUUUUAACAUAAAUUAUAUAAUAUUUGUUAAAAUGAUAAAUCCUUUUAACAAAUAUUAUGUUUUAAAUAGUUAAUGUGUGAGCAAGAUACCAAUUAAAAUGAAACGUAGACAUAAUAUAUGUAAUAAUAUGUCUAAAUUAUUACAUACUUGUUGUGCCUUAAAUGCAUAUCGUUUAAAUGAUCGUAAGUAUAUAAUUAAUAAUAUGAAUUAAAAUAAAAUACGUGAAUAUUUUUCGAGAAACACAUCACAUUAUACCUAUAUAUAUUGAAUUCUAGAUCUAUGGGUAGUACUACUAGUUACUAGCUAAACGCACACUAAGAAUAAGGUAUAUCAGUAAUAUUUUGAAAAGUGUGUGUGUGUGUGUUCCCUUUAAUACCACCACAUUAUGGCGCAAUACACAUAAAUGUGUGUAUAAUUGAAGAAAUAAUUCUAAUAAUAUAAAUGAAAUAUCAAAACAUAACUAUUUUGUGAAACAAUUUGCAAUAAGUGAGACAAAAAUAGAAUAUUUUGUUUCUUACUUAUCAAGGAAAUUAACAAAAUUAAAUAAUCCUGUUUUUUUAAAUAUCUUUAAGUGGUGAAAUAGUCAUAUCAUAAAUAAAUGGUCAAUUAGUAAGUUAGUUUUUGCUUUUUACUUCAUUUUAUAUUAAUAAAUGCCUUCGAAUGUGUGCCUUCUGAAAACUGCCAGUUACUAAUUAAUUAUAUUAAUGUAAAUAAAUACUUAUUUUUAGAUUAUUGUUUUGAAUUCAGUAUCAUGUCUUCACAGAACUUUUGGACCUUAAAAUGCUAUGAUUGUGAUUAGUAUUGUUACUUUUAGUGCGUACUUAAUAAUUUUAAGGAAAGUGUUAAAUGGGGAGUCAAAUUAUGGUAGCUUAAUAUAUAUUUAUAUAUAUUUUUUUAUAAAACAACGACAACAAAUAGAGUUAUAAAAAUUACCUAAUGUUAAAAAUAUUCGUAAAUAUAAUUAUUAUAAAUUGAUAAAUACAUUGUAUUCUAAUAAGUAAAUCAAAGUCUUUUCGUGGGUAGUUCUAAAAUUUAGAAAAAAAAAACACAUUUUUGGUUUUUUUUGUUCGGAAGCAGGAUUUUUUUGUUUGGAAGUAUUCUGAGGAUACUCUGUUCUUUAUAGUAUUGUGGCACGAAGCAUUCUUAAUUGAAUAAAUAUUACGAUCUCGUAAACAAAUUCAACUUAUAACGUCAUAAGUUCUGUGGAAAAAUGAUGUAUUAGUUAAAAAAAAUAGCGCUAACUACGCCAUUGUUAAUUUUUAUUACUUAUUAAUUAAAUAAUGAUAAUUAUUUAUUUCUCAUAAUAUCGUAUUAAUAAGAAUUCCGCUUCUACUUAUAAGUUAAUGAUUGUGAACUAAAGUUAUGGGUGACCAUAGUAAUUAUUUUUUAUGUAUGAUACAUUUUUGGUUGUUUGUCUGGGUAAUUUGCAUUUACCAAAAAAUAAAACUUUAAUAAAAUUUUUGUUUUUUAA